AGCUGUCAUUUGAUUUCUCCUCUAGACGCGACGCUGUCCCGGGUGGUGGACUCUCUCUCUCCGCUGCCAGCAUGGGUUUAAUCACAGGCUUGUGCACGUUCCUGUACCAUUUACCCCAGAUUUACAAAUGGCUACUGAAACCUUACUACAUCACGUCGGUGUUGAUGACCCUCGCCUUCCUGGUGGUGAGGAAAACCCCCGGACUGUGCGAGCACCUGGCCAGUGAUCGGGAGGACGGGAACUCCUGCGACUUUGACUGGAGAGAAUUGGAGAUUCUCAUGUUUCUCAGUGCAAUAGUGAUGAUGAAGAACAGAAGAGCUAUCACACUGGAGCAGCACAUAGGAAACGUGUUCAUGUUCAGUAAAGUGGCCAAUGUCAUCCUCUUCUUCCGGCUGGACAUUCGCCUGGGCAUCCUCUACCUUGCACUGUGUGUCGCAUUUGUCAUGACCUUUAAGCCUCCUAUCUACAUGGGCCCAGAGUACAUCAAGUACUUCAGUGACAAGACCAUAGAUGAUGAGCUGCAGAGGGACGGUCGUGUUACUUGGAUCGUGGAGUUCUACGCCAACUGGUCCUCCGACUGCCAGUCCUUUGCUCCGGUUUUCGCCGAUCUUUCACUUAAGUACAACUGUGCUGGACUCCGAUUUGGGAAGGUCGACAUCGGUCGCUAUGACGAAGUUUCACAAAAAUACAAAGUUAGCACCUCUCCACUUUCAAAGCAGCUGCCCACACUGGUGCUUUUUCAAGGAGGUCGAGAAAUCAUGAGACGUCCGAUGGUGGACAAGAAAGGGAGAGCUGUGUCCUGGACCUUCAAUGAGGAGAACAUCAUCCGGGAGUUUAACCUCAAUGAGCUUUUCCAAAAAUCCAAGAAGCUGAAUAAAAGUUUCGGUGUGAAGGAAGAGAAGCAGAAUGACACUCAGCCAGAAGAGGGCAGCGACGCGGAGGAGCCCACAGAGAGCAAGAAGGACCAGUGAAGAAGAUGACUCCUGGAGAGGCACCAGUCAAGUCUUUCAUUUGUCACACCGUUUGCUUGUCUUACAUCAGUGUAAAAAUGCUGAAUAUCGCAAAAUGGUGAGAGGAGUCCAGAUUCAGCACUGCUGGGAAGUGUGGAGACAGUACGUCUUCAUGAUGAAAACCAACAAAAAGUGAAAACUGGAAAACAUUGGUCUGGUUUGAUGGGCUUGAUGUAGCUUGGUUGAAAUGUAGUCGCGCAUUCAAAUCCAACAGCUAUUUGAAGUACAAAUACGUUUUGUUUUUUCACUACCAUCCUAUUUAAUCGUCAUUACUGUGAUCUCUUGCUGCCUGUAUUUUUUUUUUAACAGUUCUGAAAUAAAAUGUGAGGCGUAAAUGAA